AUGAUCGAGGUGAUGACGGCCACGGACGCGCAGAAACUGCUGCACCAGCUGGACGUGCUGCUGGAGCAGGAGUGGCGCUGCCAGCCCAAGGUCUGCGGCCUGCGGCUCAUCGAGGCCUCGCAUGACAACGGCCUCCGCAUGACCGCCCAGCUGCGGGACUUCGAAGUCAAGGACCUCCUGAGCCUCACCCAGUUCUUCGGCUUCGACACCGAGACCUUCUCUCUGGCCGUCAAUCUGCUCGACCGGUUUCUGUCCCGGAUGAAGGUACAACCCAAGCACCUUGGAUGUGUUGGACUAAGCUGCUUUUAUUUGGCUGUAAAAUCAGUUGAAGAUGAAAGGAAUGUCCCACUGGCAAAUGAUUUGAUCCGAAUAAGUCAAUAUAGGUUCACAGUUUCAGACUUGAUGAGAAUGGAAAAGAUUGUACUGGAGAAGGUGUGUUGGAAAGUCAGGGCAACCACUGCCUUUCAAUUUUUGCAGCUCUACUAUUCACUUCUUCAAGAGAACUUGUCCUUUGAAAGGAAAAGUAGCCUUAAUUUUGAAAGAUUAGAAGCUCAACUUAAGGCAUGCCAUUGCAGGAUCAUAUUUUCUAAAGCAAAGCCUUCUGUAUUGGCAUUGUCUAUCAUUGCACUGGAGAUCCAAGAACAAAAGUGUGUGGAGUUAACAGAAGGAGUAGAAUAUCUUCAGAAACAUUCCAAGAUAAAUGGCAGAGAUCUAACCUUCUGGCAAGAACUUGUCUCCAAGUGUUUAACUGAAUACUCAUCAAACAAGUGUUCCAAGCCAAAUGUUCAGAAGUUGAAAUGGAUUGUUUCUGGCCGUACUGCACGACAACUGAAGCAUAGUUUCUACAGAAUAACACAUCUUCCAACCAUCCCAGAACUGGGCCCUUAAUAGGAUUAUUACAACAAAAACUCCGAAGCCUUCCUCUAUGAUUGAGCUAUGGAAUGAAUGUGUUCAACGGAUUUAAACUGUGAAGUCUUAAAAACAUCACAAGAUUAGGACGUAAUAAUUUCAGAUUUGGGAAAACUGCUUAAUUAAUAUAAUGCUACAUUGGUAUUCUUAUGUCUAACUUCAUCUGUGAGGCACAUAAAAUCAAAGCUAAGAGCAUAAAUGUGAAAUACUAAUGACAUGACAAGGUUGGGAAAGUAAACUGUGAAUCUUCAUUUUCAUACUGACGCAACUUUCUAUAUUGAAUCAAUAUACUGUAUUCCAGUGCUAUUUAAAAUGGUAACUU